UAAGUAAUCUUACUUUUCAUGUGAAUUUAUAUAGGAAAAACUUUCUACAUAAAAAUUGAAUAUGAAUUUUAAUGCAUAUCCUAUUUAGUUUGGUUCACUUCAACAAAUAUUUAUUCAGAGAUGCCAGAACUUUUUCCAGGAUAGGCAAAGAAAUAAUCACAAAUUAUUAGUUCAUAUUAUCUGAAAUUACGGGUUUAUUAUAUUCAUUGUUUAAAGAGAAAAAUUAGAUUUGGGGGGAACUCCUAGAUAGCAAAAUUAAUAACAUUUAUAUUCUCUUUAAUAAGUAGUUACUUGCUUUAGAGAGUUAACAAAGAUUUUAAUUGGUAAGAAAUGCCAACUAGUUUUUUUCCCCCUUAAUUACAAGAAACUUUUUAUAUAGUUGAAAGAAAUGAUCAUCUUAGUAAAUUCUACUACAGUGUUAUUUGCUUUAUAUUUGUUUUUAUUGAAAUGAUCUUUCUUCCCUUUUGUUGGGAAAAAUAUUGCCUUACCAGACUUGUUCUACUUAUGUCUAAGAAUUAUGAUUGCAAAUCUAGCCCUAGAAUUUUUUUUACUUCCCUUUCAUGAUAUAAAUUAAUUUUUAAUCUGAUAUACGGUUCCAGAACUCAGAAAUAAAUUCUUUGCUGCCAAAGUGUAUUGCACACCCUAGAUAUCCUAAAGUGUAUUUCUGUAUGGGAAGAGGAGAGAGGGAAGGAGAAAGUGGUUGUCUUUAUCAUUAGGAACCUAUAUGUUUUUAGCUGAAGUAUUAACUUACUGAAAAUAAAUGUUAUGAGAGUUAUAAACUUGGAACUCCACUAUCAGAAGCUUUACUAUAAUUUGUUAAUUGAAGAUAAUUCUGAUGAAUUUUCCCUUUACCUUUGCUUUCCCCCUUUUUUUCUGCUGCUUCCUCUGAAGUCUCCUUCCAAAUGGUUUUGGAAACUGGUUCCAGCUCGUUAUAGGAAAGAGCAAACACUGCUGAAGCAGUUGCCGUGCAUUCCGCUAGUGGAGAAUCUGCUGAAGGACGGCACAGACGGCUGUGCCUUAGCUGCCCUCAUUCACUUCUACUGCCCUGGUGUUGUCAGGUUAGAGGAUAUUUGUUUGAAAGAAACUAUGUCUUUGGCUGAUAGCCUGUAUAAUCUGCAGCUGAUUCAAGAAUUUUGCCAAGAAUACUUGAACCAGUGUUGCCAUUUCACCCUGGAAGACAUGCUCUAUGCAGCUUCAUCCAUAAAGAGUAAUUAUUUGGUGUUCAUGGCAGAACUCUUCUGGUGGUUUGAAGUUGUGAAGCCAUCAUUUGUACAGCCUCGUGUUGUUCAUCCACAAGGAGCUGAACCUGCGGCAGACAUGCCAUCAAUGCCUGUCUUGAAUGCUGCCAAGAGAAGCUUGCCGGAUAGUUCGUGUAGUUCUGACUUCGCCUCAAGUGGGGAAGGAGCUACAUUUGCACAGUCUCAUCAUCAUUUGCCUUCUAGAUAUUCACGUCCCCAAGCUCAUUCUUCAGCCUCAGGAGGAAUUAGAAGGUCUUCAUCUAUGUCUUAUGUUGAUGGCUUCAUAGGGACAUGGCCCAAAGAGAAAAGGUCAUCAGUGCAUGGCGUUUCAUUUGAUAUUUCUUUUGAUAAAGAAGAUAGUGUACCGAGAUCCACUCCAAACCGAGGAAUCACCCGUUCUAUUAGUAAUGAAGGACUUACUGUGAACAACAAUCGUGUAUCUAAAAACAUUAGGAAAAAUUUAUCCUUCAAGCCAAUAAAUGGAGAAGAGGAAGCAGAAAGUAUUGAAGAAGAACUUAAUGUAGAUUCUCAUGGUGACUUCAAGUCUUAUGUACCCGUUAAUACAAACGAACUAAAUUCUAAUGAAAAUGUUCAUUACAAGCUUCCAAAUGGAGCUUUACAAAAUAGAGUACUUCUAGAUGAAUUUGGCAAUCAGAUAGAGACACCAAGCAUUGAAGAGGCUUUACAGAUAAUUCACGAUACUGAAAAAUGUCCUCACACUCCCCGGCCAGACCAAAUUGCUAAUGGCUUCUUUCUUCAUAGCCAGGAAAUGAGUAUCCUCAAUUCAAACAUCAAGCUAAAUCCAUCUAGUCCCGAUAAUAUAACUGAUACAAAAGGUGCCUUGAGUCCCAUAACUGACAAUACUGAAGUAGACACUGGAAUCCAUGUUCCUUCAGAAGAUAUUCCUGAAACUAUGGAUGAAGAUUCUUCUUUGAGAGAUUAUACUGUAAGCUUAGACUCUGACAUGGAUGAUGCAUCUAAAUUUCUUCAGGAUUAUGAUAUACGAACCAGCAACCCCAGAGAUGCUUUGAGUCCUUGUCCAAGCACUGUAAGCACCAAAUCUCAACCAGGUAGCAGUGCUUCUUCCAAUUCUGGAGUUAAAAUGACCAGCUUUGCUGAACAGAAGUUCAGGAAACUGAAUCACACUGAUGGAAAAAGUAGUGGAAGCAGUUCUCAAAAAACUACACCAGAGGGCUCUGAACUUAAUAUUCCUCAUGUGGUUGGUUGGGCACAAAUUCCAGAAGAAACAGGCAUUCCACAAGGACGGGACACUACCCAGCUGUUGGCUUCUGAAAUGGUGCAUCUUAGGAUGAAGCUAGAGGAAAAGAGGCGGGCUAUAGAAGCCCAGAAAAAGAAAAUGGAAGCCGCUUUUACUAAACAGAGGCAGAAAAUGGGAAGGACAGCCUUCCUUACUGUAGUGAAAAAGAAAGGGGAAGGGAUUUCCCCUCUUCGAGAGGAAGCCGCUGGUGCUGAAGAUGAGAAAGUGUAUACUGACCGAGCAAAGGAAAAGGAGUCACAAAAAACUGAUGGGCAGAGGAGCAAGUCUCUGGCAGACAUAAAAGAAAGCAUGGAGAGUCCUCAGGCCAAGUGGCUAAAGUCUCCAACCACACCUGUGGAUCCUGAGAAGCAGUGGAACCUGGCAAGCCCCUCAGAAGAAACUUUAAAUGAAGGAGAGAUUUUAGAAUAUACAAAAUCCAUUGAAAAGUUAAAUUCGUCCCUGCAUUUUCUACAACAAGAAAUGCAGCGCUUGUCACUUCAGCAGGAGAUGUUAAUGCAGAUGAGAGAGCAGCAGUCUUGGGUGAUUUCACCUCCACAACCCUCUCCACAGAAACAGCUUAGAGAUUUUAAGCCUUCUAGGCAGGCAGGCCUGUCAUCAGCCGUCGCGCCUUUCCUGGCAGACUCCCCUCGUCCCACCCAUCCAUCUCCGCAGUCCUCUAACAGGAAAAGCACAUCUUUUUCUGUUAAAAAUCAAAGGACUCCUAGGCCAAAUGAGUUAAAAAUAACACCUUUGAAUCGAACCUUGACUCCCCCCCGGUCUGUGGAUAGUCUUCCUCGGCUAAGGAGGUUUUCUCCAAGUCAGGUUCCUAUUCAGACCAGGUCGUUUGUCUGUUUUGGGGAUGAUGGAGAACCUCAGUUAAAAGAAUCCAAACCUAAAGAAGAAGGUAAAAAGGAGGAGCUGGAAUCCAAAGGGACUUUGGAACGGCGUGAUGGACAUGAUCCAGAAGAAAAGGAGAUCAAACCUUUUGAGUCAACAGUUUCUGAAGUCCUGUCACAGCCUGUCACAGAGACUGUGUGCCUGACACCAAAUGAGGACCAGCUGAAUCAACCCACAGAACCACCUCCUAAACUCAUUCUCCCACCUACCGCUCCUAAAAACGUCAACCUGAUUGAAGUUUCCCUCUCAGAUUUGAAACCACCUGAAAAGGCUGAUGUAUCUGUUGAAAAAUAUGAUGGAGAAAGUGAUAAAGAACAAUUUGAUGAUGACCAGAAAGUAUGCUGUGGAUUCUUUUUUAAGACCGUGACCUCCAAGAGGUACUGCAUCUUUUUAUCCCCAGAGCACAGUAAAGUUCCUGGAAAACUUCAAAAUGAUGAUCAAAAAGCAGAAAAUGAUAUGGCAAUGAAACGGGCAGCUUUGUUGGAGAAACGAUUAAGAAGGGAAAAAGAAACUCAGCUUCGGAAACAACAGCUGGAAGCAGAAAUGGAGCAUAAGAAAGAGGAAACAAGGCGAAAAACUGAGGAAGAACGUCAGAAGAAGGAAGAUGAGAGAGCACGCAGAGAAUUUAUUAGGCAAGAAUAUAUGAGGCGAAAACAACUGAAACUUAUGGAAGAUAUGGAUACAGUAAUUAAACCUCGUCCUCAAGUAUCAAAACAAAAAAAACAGCGACCGAAAUCUAUUCACAGAGAUCAUAUUGAAUCUCCAAAAACACCAAUAAAAGGUCCUCCAGGAUCACGAAUUUGUCGUGUUUUUUCAGUCUCUAGCCUUUCUUUGGCAUCGCUAAACACAGGUGAUAACGAGAGUGUGCAUUCAGGCAAGAGGACACCAAGGUCAGAGUCUGUAGAAGGCUUCUUGUCUCCAAGUCGCUGUGGCAGUCGAAAUGGAGAAAAGGACUGGGAAAAUGCAUCAACAACCUCUUCGGUGGCUUCUGGAACAGAAUACACAGGACCAAAGCUCUACAAAGAACCCAGUGCAAAAUCCAAUAAGCAUAUAAUACAAAAUGCUUUAGCUCAUUGCUGUUUGGCUGGAAAAGUAAAUGAAGGUCAGAAGAAAAAAAUACUGGAGGAAAUGGAGAAGUCAGAUGCCAACAACUUCUUAAUCCUGUUCCGGGAUUCAGGCUGCCAAUUCAGGUCUUUGUAUACUUACUGCCCAGAAACUGAAGAAAUCAGUAAACUGACUGGGAUAGGCCCCAAAUCUAUCACUAAAAAAAUGAUUGAAGGACUUUACAAAUACAAUUCUGACAGGAAACAGUUUAGCCACAUACCUGCUAAAACUUUAUCUGCCAGUGUUGAUGCAAUUACCAUUCACAGCCAUUUGUGGCAGACCAAAAGACCAGUGACACCUAAAAAACUUUUACCCACUAAGGCAUAGGAGUUGGGAAAUAUUUGCUUCAGAACAUUCGUGGUAAAUUUGCACUUCAUCUUUCCUGCCUAUAGAAAAUAUUUCUAAUUGCCAACAAGACUUUUAUUAAUUAAAACUGGACAUUAAGCUCUGUUGUCAUGAACAACUGGAAUGUAAACCACAGUAUUUUGGAAUGCAGAAGAUUCUUGCUUAGGUGAUGAGUCCAAGUGAUGAAGUCAAUGUUUUGAUCCACAAAUGGAGAUUUGUGUGUGUUACUGGGUUCACCUGCUUGAUCUUAGAUACAUUGAAGCACUGAAUUUUCGUGGAUACUAGUUGGACUUAAGGUUGAAGUAUGGCUAAGAUUACAAAUUAUGUGUUUUAUUUGUUGCUUUUUUUUUUAACCUUUUAAUGUACAUGCUUGUCUGUAGAUGGUUUAUUUUGGUAUUUUUCUCUCCUGGGGGUUUAUUCUAAGAUACAUUUGUAUUUUGUUUCAUGUGAUGAUCAUGAAAGUAGGAUAUACACCUUCAGAAGUAACUUGCACCUUCCUUAUGAUGUUAAGAGAAACACUAGUGUUUAGUUUUACAAAAGUAACCAUCAUAUUUUAAUGGUGUUAGAGCAUUUGCAAAAAUUAUUCUGCCAAGCAUUUACAAUUCUGUAUUUAUUAUUCACUCAAGUAUUAACAUUUCUCUAUUAAAUAAGAAGAGGUAUUAUAAAGAGCUGCUAGUAGGUUCGCUUUAAAAACCACAUGAGCUUAACCAAGAAUAUAAGAAGUUGCUGAUUAAAUCAGUGCUGUUUUUACACCACUUCUGGCCAACUCAGAAUACUUUAGAUUGUUCUUUUAACAAAAAAGGCUUUCUAUCUCUUUAAAGCAAGUCACUUUAUAAGCUGGCAGAAGUGAAUGACACUUUGAGAGUCAUCUUUCAGUCUGAAGAUGUUAAGACUUCCUAAAACAAGUUCUCAAGAGGUCUUUAUGUUAUAUUUAUAACUGAUAUAAAAUUAUAUUUAGAAUUUUUAAACAUGUACAAAGGGCUACAUUUUAAUUUUAAAAUAGCUUCACAUUAUUUUACUUAUAUUGGGUUUUUCUUCUUCUUUUCAAUCCUUUUCAAGUGGAACAGCUUAAAUUGAAUACACACUUGAAAUCUCCUCCACAUAAUCUUUGUUCUUUAACAGUGUAUACCAGAGGGUUAGUUGGGGAAAAACUUCAUUCUCAGGAAAAGACUUGAAUGAUUAUGUGACCCUGUUAUGUUUCAGUGUUGUGACAACUGUGUAAACCAGGGGGGAAAGACAGUAUUGUAUCAUAAAUGAGAUGCGUAGUUUGUUUUCUUUCAUGGGAAGUAGAGAUGAAAAUAUAUACAUUUCUCUAAUUGAGUUGUUUAGAGAGAGAACUAAUGUCUCAUAUGAUGUAAUUACUUAUUUUAAAAAAAAAAAGAAUAGGAAUGAGAUGUCCCUGAGCUGUACUUUUCUAUUAUUAUAAGGCCUUUAGGCAUCAGUGUUCUGGGUUAUCAACAUUUUCUGAAAUGCUGUCAAUAUUUUACUGUAAUUUAUGUUCUUAUAUUUAUGUAUAUUUGUUAAAACUGUAAAAAAAAUUUCACAGAUUUUUUUCCAGUACCUGUGCAAGAUACAUGUGUAGCUCAAAACUAUUUGUGAUCUACUGUUUGCAUGUAAGAGACCAGGAUAUGUAACUCUUAUAUUUUAAGUGUAUACAUAUUGUGUGUAUAUAAUAUAUGAAUAUUAAAAACAGGGAAAUGCACAUUUUACCUUUCAGACAACAAUUUCUAUCACAAUUAGAAGGAAAUGAUUGUCAAAUACAUGUUUAGAUUAAACUAGUUUUAAAAGUAUAAGUGAAUGUAAUCAAAACAUUUUAUAUUACUAAAUUUGUUCAUUUCAGUUAAAUUUCCCUUAUCAAAGCAAUCUUUGUGAUACUAUUUGGCUAUUAAAUAAAGAAAAAUUGGAUGCAAGAGAAUGGAGGAACUAUUUAAAACUAAACAGGACCAUCCUUUAUUCUUAAAUUUGCGUGUCUAGCAGUUGAACUGAAUGUCUGAAGGUGGAAUGUGCAUACUGCCGCCAGGUUCAUUGCUCUCGGUAUAAGAUUUUACUUUAUUAAUGCAGAAGGAAUAUGGAUAUAUUUCUUUAAGUCUGCAGAUUUUUUAUUAUGGUGCAGCUUUUUUUUUUUAAUUAUGUUUUUAGAAUUUUACAAAUGAAAAAUAUGCCAUUUCCUAAAGUCUGGGGAUUUUCAUCAACCUUCCUGAAACACACUGGUGCUUUCAUCAUCAGAAGUCAAAUUAUUAUGAUAAUUAUCCAGUUAAAUUUGCCAAAUACUUGUCAGGAUUGCCCGUGCAGCCUGUCAGAUUCUGCUAUUUGACACAGCUUGGAAAGCUUUUAAUUCUUCUCAGUUUUCCAAUUUUGUAUUAGAAUGAUGGUUACAGUUUUUAUUUGGCUGUUUAAAGUCAAAUUCAGCUGUUUAAUUACGGUUUCAUGGACACUGUUGAGCAAUGUACAGUGAAUGGUGUGCUUACCUGUCCACUCGAGAGCAUUGCUUACAGAUUUCUUUUAAGAUGCUGUGCUGUAAAAUACUGUCAUAUUUACUAUUUCCUGGUACAGUGUAGUUUUUCCCCUUUCAUUUGAAUAAAAGCAUGGCACCAAAUGA